GGCACCAAUGAGUAGUUUUACAGUCCUCAAAUUUCAACAUAAAGAAGUAGGGUGGCCGGAGGACGCAGGGAGAAGCAAAGGAUGGCCGGAGCAAAGGAUUCGUUGGUGGUAAUGGAAAUCAUGGUGGUGGCAGCUGCUGCGCUAGUAGUUCACACCUUAGCAGCCACCACGUACCACGUAGGGGACACCUUCGGCUGGCAAGUCCCCUCUGGUGGGUAUAACUAUUCCAACUGGGCUGCCCAACACACUUUCGUUGCUGGGGAUAGUCUGGUGUUCGACUUCACGACCGGAGCACACACCGCAGCCCAAGUUGUACAGAACGCUUACGACAAUUGCAACACAGCCAAUACCAUAAGCAAUCAAGUAAAUGGUCCGGCCACCUUCACCCUGGCCGCUGGGACAUCUUAUUACAUAUGCACCCUCCACUGUUCUCAGGGGCAAAAGCUAGUAGUCAGCGUUGGAUCUUCUGCUGGAACACCCUCCGGCAGCCCCGCACCUCGGUCGUCCCCCGGUAGUGGUACUUUCUCGCCUCCACCGCCACCAAGCUCUGCUACCCCAACUCGGGCCGUUGCUGCUGCUUCUUUGAUAUUUCUGUCCGUUUUCGCGGCUUUCUUUUGCUAGUAUUCACGUACCAUUAGCACGUCUAAUAAGUAAUGAUACGAUUGAUUACGUUUGCUUGUAUAUGUAUCUAGUUCUAAUCUUAUCAGAGUAUAUGUCCCGUCGCUGUACACAGCUCGCACUACUCUUUGUGGACGCCACUGCCAGGAGUAGUUGUAGUGGUGCCGGUAAACUAUGACAUCGGAGUCCCUGUACUUAUUCGAUGAAUGAUUGCUGCGCAGUUUUAUUUUAUCUCAAUGUUUCUCUCAAUAAAUCCUUCAUAAAUACCUUCUUUCU